AUGGCCUCAAAAACUGCAGUCCGAUAUCUCGCGAAGAGCUUGACCCGACCGACGGUCGCGGCUGGUUCAACAACCCGAUGCGCUCGACUGGCCGCCGCCAGCAUACCAGCCAUACGAACAUUCAGCGACUCGCCACGCACAUCUCCGCUAUCUGCCUCAAGUAGAAGACAACGGCCGUCGUUAAGAUCUGGUGGACAGACGAGCGCCACGUCUCCGGCGCCUAAUGCGCAGGCACGGCGUACCAUCUUCAUCCAGACGGAGGACACGCCCAAUGCCGAUGCGCUCAAGUUCAUACCAAACCACACAGUCAUACCCGAUGGCUUCCCUUCCACGUUCCUCGAGUACCUCUCACCACGAUCCACAUUGGCGCCGCCUCACCCGUCACCGCUUGCUGCGCAGCUAAUGAACGUGGACGGCGUAACAAGUGUGUUCUACGGCAAGGACUACAUAACUGUCACGAAAGACAGCACCACGCCAUGGCCUCACGUCAAGCCCGAGGUUUUCGCUCUCAUCACAGAGGCCGUCACGACUGGACAGCCCAUUGUCAAUACGGUGGAGAACAAGACGGGAGAGGAAGGACAAGGAAGCUCGAACAGCGAGGUCACAGCGACAUAUGAUCCGGAGGAUGAGGAAGUCGUGGGAAUGAUUCAAGAGCUGCUAGAUACCAGGAUUCGCCCAGCGAUCCAAGAAGACGGAGGAGAUAUUGAGUUCCGAGGUUUCCACGACGGCCAGGUCAUGUUGAAGCUGCGGGGAGCGUGCAGGACAUGCGAUAGCAGCACCGUCACGCUCAAGAAUGGAAUCGAGAGCAUGCUGAUGCACUACAUCGAGGAGGUUAAAGGUGUCCAGCAGGUCUUGGAUCAGGAAGAAGAAGUUGCUUUGCAAGAGUUCGCGAAAUUUGAGGAGAAGCUGAAGGCGGCGAAGGGUGAUGCACCGGAGACCAGCGCCGGUGCAUGA